CAAAUCAAAACAGAGCCAGACCCCACCCGAAGAAACGCCGGCGAAGAAGGGGGGAGCCCAAGGGGAGCGCGGCUCGCCAAUCCGAUCUCUCAUGGAGCCCCGGGCGCCGGGCAGGGGCGAGGAGGACGCAGAGCCUCUCUACCUCGCGGCCGAGGCCGGAGGCAACGGGACGGCGGCGGCCUUCCCGGUGGCGGUUGACGCGAUGGGGUCGGUCGAGGCGGGCGGGUCCGGCGUGCCGAAGCCGGAGCCGGUGCCUGUGGAGUUCCUGGGCGGCGGGCUCCAACUCGCCAACCCGCGGCCCGCGCCGCGGUACCGCGACCGGCACACCAAGGUGGAGGGCCGCGGGCGGCGCAUCCGCAUGGCGGCGCCGUGCGCGGCGAGGGUCGCCCGCCUCACGCGCGAGCUACAGCACAAGUCCGACGGCGAGACCAUCCGCUGGCUGCUGCAGCAGUCGGAGCCGGCCAUCAUCGCCGCCACGGGCACGGGCACGGUCCCGGCGAUCGCCGUCACGGGCUCCGACGGCGUGCUCCGCCUCCCCGCCGAGCCGGCCCCCGCCGCGGCCGCCGACGUCGAGCAGCAGGAACCGGCCCCCAAGCGCCGUCGCAAGCUCCAGCCGACGCGCGCCGCGGCGGGGCCCUCGGCACCGGCCCCCGCGGCGUACUACCCCGUCGUCGCCGACCCCCUGCUCCAAGCCAACGGCGGCGGUGCGAUCUCGAUGUCCAGCGGCCUCGCCCCGGCCUCCGCCCCCGCGGCGCCCGCAGGCGCCAUCCCUUUCCUCGCCCUACCGGCGGCCGGCCCCGGCGCGACUGGCGACGGCAAGCAGAUGAUCCCGCCCGCGGCUGUGUGGAUGGUUCCGCAGCAGGCCGGCGCCGCGGGCGCGGCCAACCAGCCGACUCACUAUUGGGCGUUCCCGACCAAUCCCGAACUGUUCAACGUCGCCAACUUCCAGCAGCAGGCGGUGUACGGUGCGGAGCAGCUUGCCGGCAACGGGGAGUCACGGGACCAGCAGCCCGGCGGCCAGCAGAGUGAGGGGGAGGACGAGGAAGAAAUCGCCGUGACUGAUUCCAGUUCAGAAGAGUAGCAGCCCAACAUUGUUAUUGACAAGUCAACCCUCCAGAUCCCAAAUCCAAAGACUAGUCAAGACUGUCGGAGUCUAACUUUCUUUGCUUUUGUCGUAGAAACUAGUAGGUUUAGUAAGGGUUUAGGUUUACUGUGAUGCAACUUUUGAAUUUGGGGGUUAACGGGGAUUGGAGAAUUCACGCGUUUGGCACCGAAUAGAUUAUGUGGUUUCCAUGAUAACCUUGUGAUCGAAAGAUUAGGCAAUUGUUUGUUUCGAUGUCAAUGGGGUUUUGCGUAAAACAAGGAGUUUCUUAUUGAGAAUUUCACCUGGUAGGACGAUUUGGAAUUUACGUGCAGUGAA